CACACACACAGACACACACACACACACAGACACACACACACACACACAGACACAUACAAAUACGUUGGAGGAAAACAGACAACAGGAAAGAGGGUCGAGGAGAGAGAGAGACAGAAGGUGGGGGGAAAAAAGCAAAUGCUGAGAAUUUCAGUCUGUGUGUCGAGCUCAGCCAUUUCCUUGAAUCAUAAUCUGAUUUGUGGACUGUGAAGCCGGAGAGGGAGAGACAGAGGGGUGAGAGGAGCACCCAUCUCUCCAACCCCCUCCUUCUGAUCGCCUGAGCCAUAGGGAAAAGCUUCUCACACACACACAGAGGCGAAAAGCAGCACACAGGGGCUAGGCCGCAAGUCAUUAGUUCUUGGUGGACAAGCACUGACAAAAGGCUGGAGGGAGAAGGCUGCACAAGCGCCUGGAGAGCGACCGCAGGAACUAUGGAGGGCUGAGCACACGGACACCCUCUUGUACACUCUCUUGUUUUUCUGGGUUUUCUCUGUGGAAGCAGGAAGCACAGAGGCUUGUGUCACAACUGAAGCUACAACAAGCUACAACAAGCAAGGAAGAGAGAUCACUUCCUUGUGCCGGGGAUCUGCUGGUGUGUAUUUUGGAAGUGAGUGCAGGCAGUCCACGUCGCCAGGUCUGCUGCCACCGCUGCUGCUUAUGCAGCUGCCCCCAACAUCGCACUGAGGACCGCCGUGACCACCUGAAAAUGUUGCAGCUGCUGCGUGGACAUUAACUUGGUUUGCUCAGUGUGGAAUGUCUCCAUCACGGGUCACAAUGCUACUGCUGCUGCUGAGAGGAUUACAGCAGGGAGAGAAGAGUUGCCUGCCUUCUCAGGAAGAUCUCUAGAGCGACGAGAGGAUUUCUUUUUCAGCGAGGGGAGCCACAGACACCACAUUACUGUUUGCUCUAAGGUUCCUCGGCUGAGACUAUUUGCCUGGGCAGUGCUCGUUGCCCUUAACCAUCUCAGGAACUGGUCUGAAGAAGAGGACGAAAACACCAGGCAGGGGCUACGAGCUGGAUAAAGAGAGAGAGCGAGAGAGAAAAGAGCAGAGCAAGACACUGAAAUCUACAUGCAUGCAAAACUAAAAGUUGCCACACUGAGACUGUUUCCAGGUCAUAGUGGAGUGGGAGGAGACUGAUCGCUCUUGUUUUUAUUUUGUUCUCCUGCCAAACACACUUCUACUCAAAGGCUUAGAGCCCCCUCCUUUUUUUAAACCCCCUCUCAUUGACAUCUGCCAUCAACCCCGAGGAUUGUUUUUCUUUCUGUUCUUUGGUAUAAUAACCCAGAGACUUCAUAAACAACUGAGAGAGGGAGAGGUGGGGGAAAACACACGCAGACACAGUCUGGACUUUUUGAUAUUUAUGUUACCUUGACAGCAACCAGAAAUCUUGGCUGCCUGUCCCAUUUUCCUCUGCGGUGGUUCGGUAACCAAGCGAUGGCCAUGGUGAGUGGGGGCUGGGGAGAUCCCAAUGGGGGCACUAACGGGCUGGGGGACAAGGGCUACCUGAGGGGGGAGGAGGAAGACGGCUCUCCCCAGGCGGGAGGCAGCGACAUGGAAGCCGGAGAAGAUGACAAGGCCUGCGUGGUGGACUGCGUGGUGUGCGGGGACAAAUCCAGCGGGAAACACUACGGAGUGUUCACCUGCGAGGGCUGCAAGAGCUUCUUCAAGAGGAGCGUCAGGCGCAACCUCAGCUACACCUGCAGAUCAAAUAGAGAGUGUCAGAUCGACCAGCACCACAGGAACCAGUGCCAGUACUGUCGCCUGAAGAAGUGCUUUCGUGUUGGCAUGCGCAAAGAAGCAGUUCAACGCGGUCGCAUCCCACCUCAGCCGAGCCUCAGCCCCUCCAUCACACCCAUAGGUGGCGCCAGUGGCCUUGGAGGCGGCGAGUUCUAUAACAACAACAAUGGAGGUAGUGGUGGUGGUCAGCCAGUGUCUGAACUUAUUUCCCAGCUGCUGAGAGCCGAGCCUUACCCCAACAGUCGCUACGGACACCAGUACAACCAGCAGGCCGGUCCUGAUAACGCUAUGGGAAUAGAUAAUAUCUGUGAACUGGCUGCGCGGUUACUCUUCAGCACAGUGGAGUGGGCGAGGAACAUCCCUUAUUUCCCUGAGCUGCCUGUGUCCGACCAGGUGGCCCUGCUGAGACUGAGCUGGAGCGAGCUGUUCAUCCUCAGCGCGGCGCAGUCUGCCCUGCCGCUCCACAUGGCACCCCUGUUGGCUGCAGCUGGUUUCCACUCCUCGCCCAUGUCUGCGGAGCGCGUGGUGUCCUUCAUGGAUCAGGUGAGGGUGUUCCAGGACCAGGUGGACAAGCUGACCAGGCUACAGGUGGACUCUGCUGAGUACAGCUGUCUCAAGGCCAUCGCGCUGUUCUCGCCAGGUGAUUAGUGAUUCGAGUGGCUAGUAAGAGCAGAAAACGUCUUGCUUGUUGACUUCACCUGCUGUCAUUUAGCACAGCUAGAUCAACAAAAGA